GAAAGAACUCCACUGCUCAAAGAUCGAGGGACACUCCUGAAUCGACCGAAACUGCUGCAAAACCAACAGAGCAUGUGACGGUGAGAGCUGCAGCAGGGAAAAGGAGACGAGCAGGCGGUACAUGGACUAAACUGUUCUGUCCUCUACUUCUCCAUUGCAGUGGCUGCUUGGAAUUCUUUAGGGGGCUCGUCUUCCCGUUUUAUGGAGCAUUAACAAUGUCACUCUGAAUGUGUGAGAGGUGCAUUGCAUUUUUAUACCUUUGGAGUUUUACCAAAUAAUAUAUGGCACAGGCAGUAUUAAAACUGUUGUAAUGGGCUAAACUUUAAUCCAAACAACACUGUCAGUGAGAUGAAUUCUCUAAGGCAACAUGUUGUGACAGUAUUAGAGUGGAUAAGCUUAUGGCUGAAAUGUGUUCUUACAAGACUUUGGGGAGCUUUUCCAGCAGUCAAAAGUCAGAUAGUAUCCACAGUUAUUACAACUACAGGAUCAUGCAAAGCAGACUCAGAGGAGUGGAAAGCCAAUGAGGCACUUUGCACCUAUCACCCUGGAGAUGGAGAUGAAGCCAUGGUUACAGUCCAAACUAGCACAUGUGCAUUCCAUGUGGACCUUGGGAGACUUUCAGAGUGCAGCGAAUACUUCCGAGCCUUGUCCAGGUCCAGAAUGAGAGAGACCUCAGAGAGCCUCAUCCACCUGGACCAUGUGUCCUCCUCUGUAUUCCACAAUCUCCUUGAGUUCUCCUUCUAUAAUAAGUUUAAAGUCCCUCAGGAGGAGUUGGGCACACACAUCCAGGUCAGCAGCUAUCUCCUGGCUGAGGCCUUCCUCUCAAAGUGCCUGUCAGUCCUCGCAGAUGAACUCAGCCCAGGAAACUGUUUGUCUUACCUGAGUCUGGCUCAGGAGAUCUGCUCUGUGGAGCUGAAGCUGACAGUGUUCACCUACCUGAGUAGAAACCUACUGGAGCUGCCUCACCUCAUCAAGUGUCUGAACGAUGCAGAGAAGGACGAAGUUGUCCACCUGAGGAUACAAGGAGACAGACAUCUCUGCAGCCUUAGGAAGGAAAACCUGACUUCUUGGAACGACCCAGAAACAGAACGUGCCCGACAUAUCUUCACCCUGAAAGGGUCAGAGGACAACGGAGAUUGGUAUCCAGUUACAGAGCUUCCUUUCAGGGCUGACAAGUGGUGUUUUACUACAGUGGUCCUGAAUAACUACCUGUACGUAAUAGGAGGCUACCGGCAGCGUGUGAAGAGAGGCUGGGAGUUCAAGUUGGCUUCCUUAAGGUAUAAUCCCUUUACUCAUGCAUGGGCUACCACAGCUCCUCUGAUUAAGCACAGACGGCAUUUCAGUGCAGUGGCCUGUGAAGGCUGUAUUUACGCUGUGGGAGGCUGGUACUUGGACUCAUUGGUGACCCCAGACUCCAGCACAGCUCUUUAUACAGCUGUAGAAUGCUAUGAUCCGUGGGGGGACACAUGGAGGUUUGUCUCCUCACUGCCGCUCACUGACUUCCAGUUCACCGUGUCCUUGUCCCAUGACGUGCCCCUUGCCACUAGCCUUGGACACUGUCUCUAUGUGUUGGGGAGCAUCCAGAGGACUGGAGAGAAACUGCUGCUGCAGUACAACACGAGGCAUGACUCCUGGUCUGAACUACUUCCCACCCUCACCAGAGCGGAUGCAGACCUCCCUACUCUUUACUUCCUGGGUGCCACUGACAGGCUGGUUGUGAUUGGUGGGAACAACUCAGGGAAUGUGGUGACAUCAUUCUGUGUGCAAUCACAGAGAUGGGGACAGGUGCACAGGGCUGAGAAAGUGGCCUUAGCAGGACAAGGGGUGGUUGUAGGUGACCAGAUCCUGAUGCCAAGUAUAGAGCACAACACUGUUGCAAGGAUGGAUCUCCAAACUCUCUCCCUCACAGUUCUUCCUCCUCUUCCCAUCUCCACCCAAUAUGAAUCUGUCUUUUAUCUUUACUUUUAAUGUUAUAGUUUUGCUAUACUGCACAUAUUUUGUGAUAUUUUUUGUAGCUGAAUGUAAGGGGUGGAAGUAACAAAGUAUUGUAACAAAGUCCUUUGUGUACUUGUACUUUUAUUUUAGUAUUUUUAAAUACCGUUAUUUUUUUUUAAUUGUCUCUUUUCUGGUUUAUUCUAGUGAGGCAACACAGGAAGGUGGUUGUAUAUUUAUAAUUAAUAAUCAAAAUCUGUUGUAUGUGCAGGCUGCAAAGUGCGUCUAUAGAAAUGGAAUUUACUGUCGAUUUGGACAUAAGGGUUCCUGUUGCAGAUGUUGUUCCACUUAUAUGUAUAAGUUGACAUUUAAUUCAAUUUAUUUUGUAGCCUAAAGAUGUUUUCCAUUUUACAGUAGUAUUAUAUAUCAUCAUAACCUGUAACCAGUACUGUUUAUUCAGAGUAGGCUACAUUUUAACUGACCUACUUUUUACUUUUAUUUUAGUACAUUUACCAACUCUGUUUAUUAGACUGCUUUUUAAGAAAAUUGAUUUGGUGAUGUGUGUGUACCUGUAUGUUCUGUAUAUUAUGUGUCUUAAUAGUCUCUGCUGUUCUCCCUCAUAUGUGAGAUCCAAAAUCUUGAUGUUAUUUUUCUCAGUUCAUAAAGGUUAUUAAGGGCUUAA